AUGGCCCCGGGCUCGCCCGCCGCUCGCCGCCGCGCCGCGCCGCGCCUGCUGGCCGCGCUCCUGGCCUUGGCCUCACUCUCUGCUCCCCUCUCCCUGCCAGGUUUGCACACCUUUGCCAUCGCCUUCGCCUUGGAAGUGUCAGUGGGGAAGACCAGCACGGUGAUGGCUCUGAAUAACUCCAAUAUCCUGCUGCCCUGUACCUUCACCACCUGCAUAGGCUUCCAGGACCUGGUCUUCACAUGGUAUUUCAACUCGACAGAGCUGAUUUACCAUGGCAAGAUAAAGAACAAAGCCACGGAGCCCACCCUCAUCUGGCACAACCCGCGGGUGGAGUUUGUCGGCUCCACCACCAAGAAGGACAACAACAUCUCCAUCGUGCUGAACAACGUGGAGUUCAGCGAUGCUGGCAAGUACACCUGCCACGUCAAGAACCCCAAGGAGAGGAACGCCCAGCACAAUGCCACCAUCAUCCUCACCGUGGUCCAUAAGAUGGUGGAGACGGACAACACUGUGACACUCAUCAUCGUGGGCGUGGUGGGGGGGCUCAUCGGCCUCCUCAUCCUCUUCAUGCUCAUCAAGAGGGUGGUCCUGUUCAUCAUCAAGAAGACGCAGGACGGGAAGAAGGAGUGUCUGGUGAGCUCGUCAGGGAACGACAACACCGAGAACGGCCUGGCCGGCUCCAAGGCGGAACAAAAAGCACCACCAAAGGCAUGAGCGAAGCAGCGGCGCCCCGCGCCCGCCCCGCUCCGCCGCGGGAGCCCGGGCACGGGACGAGCCUUCCCCUUUUGUUUUCUUUCCGAACUGCCAGCGCUUGAGACAUGUUUCUAUUACACACGUGCCUGCAACCUGCACUGCUUCUCGGAGAAGGCUGCGGCUGCCGGGGGAACUGGGAGCUUCUCGCGGA